CGGCUGCGCGUGGAGGUGGGGGUGCCAGACCGUCGCAGACCCGUGGUCUGCUCUCGUGCAGCGGGGUUCGCACCGGGGAGCUGCUGACAGCGCCCGGAGCCUUGGGAGGGGGCGGUUGCACGCGGGACCUGCGUCCUGCGUCUUGGGGGGCGCACUGAGCACCUGCUGUGAGCGGGGGCUUACGGGGACCUGCGGACUGUACCUGGGGUGUGGGCGCAUCCGGGACCUGCGGACAGUGCCCCCCGGGAUGGGUGGGGGCCGCGCUCCCCGCUGGGCCUUCGCAGGCUGUGCGCGAGGGGGAGGGCGAAGCGUGGCUGGAGGGCGAGGCGAGGGGAGGAGGGCGUGUGAAGGAGGCGGCGGCGCGGAGGAGGGUUAUCUGUACAUUUAAAACCAGCCGCCGCGUCGCCCGGGGAGGACCUGGGAGCGCCCGGCUGCACGCGCGGGACACGAGCGCUCCACGCCCGGGCGCCCACGGCCGCCGUCUCCGGGCCUCGUGCGCCUCGCGCCCCAGAAGACCCGGGACGCGGACCCCAGCGGUGGCUGAGGGGCGCCGUGCCGCAGGCCCCCUCGGGGCGUGGCCGUCGUCCCCGCACCCCCAGUUCCUCCGCCUGCACCUCCCUGCCGUGCGCCGGGGCUGGUGGGUGCGGGUGCGAUGAACGGCGGCGCGCUGCCCCGGACCGCGGCCCCCGCGCGGGGCGUCUCCGGUGGCGGCACCGCCCGGCGGCGACCCGCGUCCCCGGAGCUGCUGCGCUGCAGUCGGCGGCGGCGGCCGGGAGCGGAGGGCACCGGGGGCGGCGCGGCGGCCGUGGCGCGGCGCAACGAGCGGGAGCGCAACCGCGUGAAGCUGGUGAACUUGGGGUUCCAGGCGCUGCGGCAGCACGUGCCGCACGGCGGCGCCAGCAAGAAGCUGAGCAAAGUGGAGACGCUGCGCUCGGCCGUGCAGUACAUCGGGGCGCUGCAGAGCCUGCUGGCCGAGCACGACGCCGUGCGCGCCGCGCUGGCCGGGGGGCUCCUGGCGCCCCCCGCGCGGGCCCCCGCCCCCCGCGCGCCGCCCGAGACCCCCGCGGACGCCGCCUCGCCCUCCUGCGCCUCCUCGUCCCCAGGCCGCGGGGGCAGCUCGGAGCCCGGCUCCCCGCGCUCCGCCUACUCGUCCGACGACAGCGGCUGCGAGGGCGCGCUGAGCCCCGUGGGGCGCGAGCUGCUCGACUUCUCCAGCUGGUUGGGGGGCUGCUGAGCGCCCGGCCCGCGAGCUCAGCCCCGAUGCCCAGCGCAACUCGAUCCCCAGCGAGGAGCCAGCGAGGAGCCAGCACAGGGGCGGCCUGGCCUCCGUCCCGCCGCCUGGGGAGCCGCGCCGUCUGCGAGCCCGCGCCCACCCGCGCCCACCGACCUGACUCCCUGCGUCCAGCCUGACCACGUGCCAGUUUGAAACAGGUCCCGGCCGACCUCCCCGGGUGGCGGCGUCCUGGGACCCUGACUGCCACCUCCAGACUGUCUGCUGGCACCGGGCUGGGCACCAGCGCGCAGUUUUCCUGAAGGGAGACGCGAUUUGCGGACACAGCACCUACUUUUUAUACGUUCCCUUGAACUACCCAGGGACCCUGGCAACGUGAAACUCAUUUUUAUACAAAGACUCCUUAACUGGGAACACAAUAAAGAUGGUUUAGCCCCACGACCUGGGGUUUUCCAACCUG